UCGGGUUUUGUUAUCCUGCAGAGGAGGUUUGGUUGCUUUCUGUUUCAUUACACCAUCGUUGUGGUUAGUCGAGGUUUUUUGAAACACCGUCACCAUGAGUUACUGCAUUGAAGAAAGGGGCUGCUUCAACAGCCUGGAGUACCGGCUGUACUUUAAAAAUUCAGAAGGACAGUACAUUUCUCCAUUUCAUGACAUACCUCUGUUUGCAGAUGAAGCCAAGAAUGUGUUCAACAUGGUGGUUGAAGUUCCACGCUGGACAAAUGCGAAAAUGGAGAUCGCUACAAAAGAACCUCUUAACCCCAUCAAACAAGAUGUUAAGAAAGGGAAACUUCGUUUUGUUGCGAACAUAUUUCCCCACAAGGGUUACAUCUGGAACUAUGGAGCCUUACCACAGACCUGGGAAGACCCGCAACACUGUGAUUCAGACACUGGCUGCAAGGGGGACAAUGACCCCAUAGAUGUGUGUGAAAUUGGAAGUAAGGUUUUGGCCAGAGGAGAUGUUGUGAAAGUAAAGGUUUUGGGUACCCUAGCACUGAUUGAUGAAGGUGAAACCGACUGGAAGAUCAUAGCAAUCAAUGUUGAAGACCCUGAAGCAGCUAACUAUAACAGUAUCGAUGAUGUAAGGCGGUUAAAACCUGGCUACUUGGAGGCAACAGUAGAUUGGUUUAGACGGUACAAGGUGCCUGAUGGAAAGCCAGAAAACCAGUUUGCUUUUGGUGGAGACUUCAAAGAUAAGGACUUUGCAAUUAAUGCAAUAGGGAACACUCAUGAACACUGGAAGGCGCUAGUAGGAAAGGAACAUGGAACAGAAAUCUGCUGCAAAAACAUUUCUGUGACUAGCAGUCCUUUUAUAUGCACAGAAGGAGAUGCCAAAGCUGUUGUAGAAGUGCAACCUGCCAGUGGAGGUUCAGUAUCACUGCCAUCAGAAGUAGACAGAUGGUACUAUUUCCAGAAGAACUAGAAGAAAUGAAGAAUUAUUCAACUUCGUGCAACAUCUGCAUCUUUUCAGCCUAAAGAGCCUAUAUUUUCAGUUCCUUAUUUCUAGUUUAAGUAAAGAAAUGUUUGAUAAGCAUUUAUUAUGGAUUUAGGAGCAUUGACUGUAUUCAUUUGUAUUUCUGCAUGUGUACAACAGCAUCCCGUCAGCUUGGCACUGAAUCGGUUUGUGGUAUUUAUAUGUGAAAGGCUUGGAGAUGUUAACUGUAUCCCCCUCAAUCUACCACUGAAUCCGCUAAUGUUUUAUUUAUAUGUGAAAGGCUUACAUAUGUUGUAUCAAGACGAAGCCCCUGGAACCUUUAAAAACUGGUAAAUAAUACUGCAGUCAUACUGUAAAAAUAAAGGCAUAAAUUAUUUUGGUGAAGGUAA